AUGUGCGGCCUGAACGGAUCGUCGUACCGUAUCGUCAAUGGAAGUACCGCGAUCAUAAACGAUUAUCCGUUUAUGGUGUCGGUUCAGCGCUGGUCGCCGGAUGCAAAGACCCACAUCUGUGGUGGAACGUUCAUCAACGAACUGUGGAUACUGACUGCGGGCCAUUGCGUGGCUGACGACGAAUUUUCCCGUGGUGGAAUUGUGCGAGCGGAAUCAUCGUUUCACGCAUCAGGUGGUAUCUUUCUCAAGAUCGAGCGUACGGUGCUGCAUGAGCGCAUGUCUUACGGCACGAGAGGAAUCGAUUAUGAUUUUGGUUUGAUAAAGCUGGCAGCGAAAUUCGAGCGUGCCGUACCGAUUCAUAUGGUGGCGGCCAAGAGGCGCUUCUAUCCGGGCGAACUCUGCACAAUCAUUGGUUGGGGUUUGACGAAGAAUACCGGUGAUCGUGAGCAGCUGCGUAUGGUGAAGGUACCAAUCGUUCCACGACAGAGUUGCAACGAAGCAUUCGCGGAAAUAGAAACAAUCACCAGCCGGAUGCUGUGUGCCGGAUACGCAGCGGGUGGUCAGGAUGCGUGCGAGGGAGACUCUGGCGGACCGCUUAUCUGCCGUGGCAUACAGGUGGGCAUCACUUCCUGGGGCGUCGGAUGCGCUAAACCGCGACGCUACGGAGUGUACAGCAAUAUCGCAAACCAGCGCGACUGGAUACGAAAGCAUACGGGUGUGUAG